UACGACAGACCUAAUUACCACUGGCGGUUCUACAGGUCGCAGGUUCAAUUCUUCGAGUUGACACAGGUGCCAUUCCAAUCUUCUCUGUAGCGUUCAAAUUUAACAGCUGUCCUGAAGGACGUUGAUCCUUGUUAGUGAUGGCAUUUUUUGGAGGUACACACCCACAGACACCUGCACACAUGCAUUCAGCAAUGUGGCGUGUCAUCAGGAUACGGUGAUGUAAGGAUGCCUUUUCUUUUUCGUUUUUUUUUUUUUUUUUUUUUUCCCCGGAGUUGCUGAUGCCCAUCUUUGUCUGUUAUCUGCCAUCAUGCAGACAUUUUCAGCGGAUGGAAAUGGGUGUAUCUGGCUUCGAGUCACUCCCAGAAUCGAUCAUUUUGCAAAUUUUUGAAGACUUCAUAGCCGAUCCCAAGGAUGUUGCUGUCCUCUCUGCAGUCUGUGUGAGGUUCAGCAAACUUGCAUGGCAGCAGUUGAAGACUCUUCGGUGUGGGCAACGAUUCUUUGAAUGCUAUGAUGAACAAGUUGUCACCGGAAUCAUUCUUCAUACCACAGGAUUGCGAGCACUUGAGCUUGAGCCCUCGCCUUUCCAUCGCUGGAUGUGGCCAACAUGGCUGAAGCAUGCACAUACGUCACUCGAGUCCUUGUCGGCCACUUUCAAGUCCUGGGCUGGAAAUGUGGAGCCCAUCUUAAAGCCCAUAUUUACACUCUGCUUUCGUCUCCAGUACCUCUCACUCAACAUCUGGUCGUCAAACAUUCGUAAAGUGCCGAUACACAUGUACCCACCCCUGAAGAAACUUCUUUACCUCAAUUUGGGCUGGGUUCAUACGUCAACAGACCAGAUUGCUGAUCUUCUCAUGUUGACUCCAAGUCUGAAAGAGCUGAAAUUGGAUUUCGUUCAGUGUGAUGGUGCCGUGUUAACAAUUGCCUCAUUGACUCUCGAAAAUGUGUACGUUACACACCGAAGUCACGUCGUGAAGAGGCCUGGGUCUAUACGAUUCAGUUGCCCACGCUUGAUGCACCUGGAGGUGGGAGGGGUGGACGAGGUGAUUAUCGUGGGUGGUUCACAACUCCGCCAGCUGACCCUCUUCAUGGCUUCAGACAUGGAUGUGCAAUUCGGCGACGCGAGGACCGUGGAGGUGCUUAAAGUGUUAAGCGUUGUGGAUAAUGUCAAUCCAUGGGUCUCUUGGCAGAGGCUGAAGGGAUUCCUUGAUCGGUUUGGCAAUAGCCUAAAGGUCUUGGAGAUUGGUGCUGUCAAGUUGAAGGGUGUUUUGCUGGCAUGCGGUCCCAGGAGAGAAGCCAUUUGCCUGCAUGACCUUUUGAAAAGUCUUCGCACAAUGGAAUCUGUGAUUUUUCAUUCGGUCGCUUUUGCAAGCAUUGCAGACAGCUUGACGCAAGUGAUGCUCAGCCAUCCGAAGGAAUGUGAAUUGUUGUGGUGGAGGGCCCCGUUCAUAUUGCCGAAGAUAAGGAGCAUAACUGUCAGAUGGUAUGUUAAUCUGCCAUUAAUACAUAAUGCCGAGGCCUUAUCUGCCUUUCUACGCAACAGUUUCCCUGCUGUGAGGGUGGAAGUGAAGUUCUCCGAGGACCACGGGUUCUCUGCUUGGGAAAAGCCGAAGUGAUGCCAGAGCCACUUUUAUCCUCCUCUGUUCUGGGUGCAAGUUCCCUUCUGUCAUCUUUGGUGGUGUUCCAAGCUUCUGCCUUCUGGUUCCACAGUCCUGCCUUUUCUCCUUUUUUCAUUUUUGCGCUCCCUUCUUUCGUCCUAUCUGGUUUCAAGCUUCCCUUUUUUUGUGUUCCACAAGCGUGAGUCUUUCUCCUUCUUGUUUCCAAGCGUCCACCUUUCUGUUUCCAGACUCCCUUCUGUUUUUUUCCAUUCUGCUUGCAAGCUCCCUCCUUUUUUGUUCUAAGCUUCCUCCCUUUUCGUUCCAGGCUUCCUCCUAUUUGGCUCCAAGCUUUCUCUCCUCUCUGCUUCCCAGCUUCCUCCUUACUGCUUCCGGACCGCGUUCUGGUCACCUUUCUAGUUACCCUCUCGCUCCUUAUACUUGGUGUAUUUGCGUUCCAUGCAUGAGUCUUUUGCCUGAGUGGUCGAGGCAGAAGGGGGAUGCUGGACGGUUUCGCAAGAACGCCCAGUACUUUUGUGUAACUGCACUCCACGUCCUCCACGAGAGUAAAGCCUCACAUGGUGU